UGAUGACGACAUGAGUUGUCUUUUCUUCUUCUGAUAUAGAACUUUUCGAGAAAAUUCUCUCACCGCAACAUCUGACGACGUGAAAACCUGGACGCUGCCGUCUCGUUUGGGUAUUCAUUAAUAGGCCGAAAGGGCUGUUUGACAGCUCCAAUUCUGCGGACCUUUUAUCAGGCGCCGGGCGUCUGUCUCCUUCGCUCUCAAGAUGCCUCCUAAGGGAAAGGCAAAGGGUGGGAAAGGUGCUGCAGCCAGUGGUGAUAGUACUGAUAAGAAAGAAAAAGGAUCCAAAGGGGGUAAUGCAGUGAAGGUGAGGCAUAUUCUCUGUGAAAAGCACAGUAAAAUCAUGGAAGCUAUGGAGAAGUUGAAAUCUGGCAUGAAAUUUAAUGAAGUGGCUAGCCAAUAUAGUGAAGACAAAGCCAGGCAAGGAGGCGAUUUGGGAUGGAUGACCAGAGGUUCAAUGGUGGGACCCUUCCAAGAAGCUGCUUUUGCUCUGUCCAACAGUACAACAGACAAACCCAUUUACACGGAUCCCCCUAUCAAAACUAAAUUUGGUUACCACAUCAUCAUGGUUGAGGGAAAGAAGUAAAAUAUAUUUAUUUUCAGUUGUCACUAUAUAUGUGUUUUUGUUAAGAAACUGAAACUUUUCUUCUUUCUGAAGCCCCAGACCAAUUGUAACAAGGAAUGAACAGCCUGCUGGCAGCCCUUUGGUAGUAUUAUUUUCACUGACUACAAAGAUGAAUAUUUCAGAGUUACUCUUUUAUUCACAUCACUUCCCUCUUGUAAAAGUAACAGUGGCAUACCAUUAUUCAUCAUUCAAAGAAAAACUAUUGCAAAUUGUAUUUUUUAAAAUUCUGUAUAUAGGUGAAAUAUAUCAAAAUAAACGGCAUGAAGUUGAACAA